CCCCCUUUUGUUGGUACUUGUUGUCAAAAGGUUUUUAAAUAAAGUUUGCUUUGGCUCAGACUCACGUGAACAUGGCUGUCCUAGCAACCUGUGGUUUUGACAACGAACUGUUCUCGGAGGAAGAAGAACCAAGUGUCCAGCAUGGAUGUGCCUCAGCAGCCUGUGACAGAGUGGACAACUCUGGGCGCAAACAGACAAUUGUGCUGUUUCUGCGGGAAGCUGAGAAGAACAGAAGACUGAUUGAAAAGUUGGAGAACGAGAGCACACUGAAGUGCAAAAAGUAUGGCUUGACAGAAGUAUGUGGAAAUCUUGAGGAGUAUGAGGACAGACUGGAGAAGGAGAGAAAUGCUGAAAGGGCGAGUCUUCAAAAGCAACUCGUGAAAAUUCAGAAGGAUGUGCAAAAGUUCCAGCAUCAUCUAAUUGAUGUGAAACCAACUCCAGAGUUGAUUGAACGGCUUAAAGACAUCAUGUCGGAUGUGGAAACCUCAAUAAAUCAUCUAAAGGAGGAGCAGCGCUCAUGUUUUGAGAAGUAUUUGAAGGAGGAGAUGAUAGUCCGACUGGAGAUCUCUGCUUAUGAAAAGAAAAUUGAAAACUGGAGCCUUACUGUAAAGUUGAACCCUAAAUUACCAUCAGCCCCCACUACUAAGAUCAAACUCCACAACAGAGACCUCCCAGCAGAGGUCAGAGCACCAGAGGAUUUCCUGCAGAAGACUGGAGGUCCUUACGGAGGAUGGGAUCAAUGUGACCACCAAGUCUUUUUAAGAAUCUGGACGAAGCACCGUGGACAAACGUCCUACAGGAACGAGGCCAAACUGCACCUACCAGACAAAACAGCGGAGGAGAUAAAACGGCACGAGUGCUGGCAUCUGGAGCUGCUCUCACUUCAGGAAAAGAAGAAAAAAGCAAUCCAGCUUUGGAAAGCCAGUAAACGACAAGAACAUCAAAUUAGGAAACACAGCCAAGAGGAAACUGAACAAGCACAAAGAGCAGAGGAGGAGGCUCGGAUCCUGGCUGACAGGCACAGGACUACAGAAGAAAGGAAGGAAGUAGCACGGCAACUGGAGAAGUGGAGGGAAGAGAAGAAAAGGAAAGAGGAACAAGAAGAGGAACAGAGAGUUGCGAAGGAGAUUCAAAGAAGAAAACUGGAGGAGGAGAACUGUCGUCGGCAGAAGGAGGUGAAACUAGCCUUAGUAGAGCAGCUGAAAAUAAGGAGAGAGAUGGAGGCUGUAGGAGCGAAGACAAGGAGAGAGGAGGAACGGAGAGAAAUGGAGGAGAGAGGAAGAGAGGCUGCAAAGGUCAUCAAACAAUUCCAGGAAAGGGAUCUUCGCAAGGUGGAAGCAAAGCUGCACGAAAAACAUCUGAGAGAAAAAGAAGAGGUGGAGAGACGAGAACAAAUUGCUGCCAAACUAAAAGAGAAGGUUAAUGAACAUAUCAGCAGAGACCCCUCCAGGUUAAUUCGCCCCACUAAAGGUUGGCAGGAGCGAAUGAAACACAUUGGGCCAUCAGGAGGAGGACCUCUCCUUCAAAUGUUUCAUCGAGCUGUUCCUACUUGGAGGCAAGGUCUGUGAGGAUCUUGGCCUUACAGAGGAAUCCACUUCAUUUAAAUACAAUUUUAAGGAUCUGUAAAUGGGAAAAAUCUUCAUUUUGCACAUUUAAGAUGUUCAUUCAAAUAAAAUAUGUUAUAAUUGCAUCAUUAGUA